AUGCGAAUCGUGGUCGUAUCCAUCACCAUUGCAGCGCUCGCCCUCGCCAGCCUCAAUUCGACUACCGCGCAUCUUGCGGCCAUACUGCGAGACCGAGCGCGUGCGGAUCUGUUCGCGUCCGCCAACGGAAUCGCCGACAUUACAUUCACACAACUCAUGGAUGAACUCCGUGAGUACGCAAUUCCGGCGGCCGUUGCCUCGGUCCUUUUCGCCACUGUGGGAUUGUCGCUUAUCGCUCGACCGUCAUGA